AAAAUAUGACGUCAACGACAUGUUAUGUGAUGUUUGUGCUGUACAUGGUCAUUUGUACAAUAAUUCACGGGACCAAAGGUCACAUAGAUUGUCAGGAGCCGGAAGUGAUGCCCUCAUCCGGGACCCCUAUCACAGGUCUGGAGAGUGAUACAUUGGCGAUGCUAGAGUCCUACAACAGAGGUAUUAUAAAGGGUGUACCUUGUAUCUUCAAUAACAUAACACGCGAAUUAGUGAGUACCAGCAUGACUACCCAGCCCAACUUUGUAGCUGAUAUGGAUAGAGGUGUGUGCCCAUGGCGAUAUCAUAGGAACACCGACCCAAAUAGAAUCCCUAAUGUCCUGUACGAGGCCCGUUGCUCAGCAACAAAUUGUGAUGGCUGCCAAACAGACUCCCAUAAUCUGUCAGGCAAUAAAUGCAAGGAGAUUUACUUUUACAUCAGUGUCCUCAGACGAGUGGGCUGUAUCGACAACGUCUACCGAUACAGUACUGUACUGGAACCCCUUUCAGCGGGAUGCACCUGUCUGGGCCCUGCCCCAUCAAGUCAUAUAGGGAUUUCAAAUACCGCAGGCCCUGGACUUAAAGCAAAUAACUAGAUUUGUCUUGGUUGUAACGCGAAAGGCCAAUGAUGAUUGCAAUAGUGGCAUUAUUCAAUUCUGCAUGGUUGAUGGACAAGGUAUUGGAUGAAAUGGCGUUAUGACUAACAUUUCGAAGUGUGAGCAUUAGGUAUUUCUGAAACGUAAUGUGUAUACUUGUUAAACUUGAAUGCUGCAUGUUGAAAAAAUAUGAACUGUUUUCAAAGUAUGAGAAAAGCAAUAUGAAAUCUAAAAGCAUAACAGGAAAUCUAGUGCUCCAUGCUUUCAUUUUUGAAAUAUUCCUGUCGUGAAGUUGUCAUUCAUAUUGCCUAUGAUUAUCAUUUACAGCCAGUUAAAUGAUUUAUCUUGAUGUCGCUUUACCUUUGUUUUGUUUCUAGAGUCAUCUUUCCGUUUGUUAAAUAUUCAUAAAGAUGUUUUUAUGGAGUCUACCUUUGAAACGUACUUCCUAUUUUAGCAUAGGUAAAAACAAGCAUCGCUAUAUAGUCACAGUGUUAUGGUUAGAUAUUCAUAGAGUGUCUAUAACCUUUACUAGUGUCACUGUGGUCUUAGACAGAGUAACUGUAUAAUUGUACUAUUGCAUUGUGGUUAUAUAUACAACGGGUAGUUAUGUAACUGUAUUUGUGGCGGUAACAUCAAAGGAUCUCACUGGUUAAUCAAACAAUGAUCAAUUGUACCGUUUAGAUUUAAAUGUUUUAAAGAUAAGGGGAAUGUAAGCGAUAAAUGCAUUUAUCACUUAGAUUUGUAUGUGUUAUAGUCUAUAUGAUAUGCCUGUCAUACUAUAUGCUUGUGUGCUUGUAAUUACAGCGUGGUUAUUAAUAGAAAUGUGAAACUUCAGCGAAUACAUAGUAGCUAAACAAAGCAUCCAUAAAAAGCAAACAAUUAUGGUUCGUUCAUAACAUUAUAAACAACAUAAGCUAUACUGUCAUGAUCUUUUGUAAUGCAUGCAUACAUGAAAUACCUAUCUAGACGGUUAGUUAUAUAGACCUAUACACCGGUCUAAACAUUUCACCCACAAACCUGCUAUAAUUAACUUACGGUAAUCAUAUAUCCACUACCAAACUUAAUGACCCACCCUGCCAGCAAACAGAUUUUUUUUGUGAAACAACUUGUUUAUUUUGGAAAUUUGUCAUUCUAAGAACUUGUUAUUUUAUGACGUUUUAGUGGAAAUGUAAUGCUCGAAAUUCGAAGAUUUACAUAACCUUUAAUUAGUAUCAUUCUCAUUGCAUGCAAAAUUAUUGUCAAACAUUAAAUAUUGUACUCUAUACAUUUAUUUGUCAUCUGUAUUUACAAGCGUUUCAUUCAAUUAUCAGUUAUAUAAUACUGAUCUCCUUCGCUGUCUUGCAACGGGUCUCACUCAGAUACAUAUGUAUAAA